AUGGGUGAAAAACAAGGGCAGUAUUCUGGGGAUACUGAACAAAACGCAACUGAGCUGUUACCCAGAAAUCCAUACUGUUCAAAUUGCAGAACACACUGUUGCUGUAGAUCAUCUCCUGCGACCUUCCAGCCACAAUGGGUUAUAGCAAAACCAUGGUCACUCUGGAAAACAUUUCUGGUGUGUCUGCUGGCCUGUCUAAUUGCUACAACGCUCGUUGUUCUGGUCUUAUAUUUUGUUCACUUUGGCAAGCACACCACGGGUACAACUAUCGUCAUUCACACAGAUGGAAAGUCCAGUCAUGUGAUCUGUGACCCUGGUUCUACCUCAUCUCCUGCCCCCACCACUAGUGCUACUUCUUCUUCUGCCCCCACCACUAGUGCCACUCCUUCUCCUGCCCCCACCACUAGUGCCACUCCUUCUCCUGCCCCCACCACUAGUGCCACUCCUUCUCCUGCCCCCACCACUAGUGCCACUCCUUCUCCUGCCCCCACCACUAGUGCUACUCCUUCUCCUGCCCCCACCCCUGGUUCUACCCCACCUCCUACCACAUCUUCUGCCUCAUCGAAGCAGCCUGAAUCUCAGAGCACCCCACCACCUGCCACGGUGCCUGCAUCUACCAUGCAGCCAACUAAAACCACCCCAGAUCACAAAGUCGAAAUUGAAGAUAAUGACAACUCAGAUCACGGAGUCGAAAUUGAAGAUAAUGACAACUCGGAUCACAAAGUCGUAAUUGGGGAUUAUGGCGAAUGA